UAAAAUAAAUUAAUUACUGAUAAUGAGUCACAUUCAUACAAAGAGAUGAGAUGAGAAAAAUCCCAAAGAAGGAAGAGAACCUUAUUACUAACCUUACAUUACAUAAUUCUGAAAUUGAUGUUUCUUUGUUUGUUUAUUAGUAACCCAUUUUUAUGAGUUGUAAGGUAUCUAUUACCUACCACUGAUAACUCCACCCCUUCUUCUUCUUCUUUUUUCCGAAUUAUCAUAUAUCACACAAAAAAAUAUGUUUUUUUUUUUUUUUUUUUUUGCAUUAGAUAGUUCCAUUCUAUCUUAGAUUCAUUCACAUUUUCCACACCCCACGUAAACAAUUUUCACCUAUUUAGAUAUUCUUGUUUUUUCUAACAACUUCCUAGAUUUGGGCUGUCAAAAAGAUCUAACCUUUAUGUUUUGUUCUUUUGUUUGUCUCUCUUCACUUAUGACAAAGUUGUUUCUGAGAUCUGGGUUUUGAAGGUUUCACUAAAGGUCAAUUAUUAUCAAGGUUUGUUUUUGAAAAAUGGGUUCUAAUCUGAAUGCUGAAUUAUCAAAGAAAACUUCUUUUUUUGGUAUAAAGGUUUGGGAAAUUAUUGCAAUUGUAGUUGGUUUGUCAAUUAUAGUUAUUCUCACUGUGUUAUCAAUUUGCCUUACUUCAAGAAAGAAAUCUAGAAAAGCUAGAAAUGAGAUUCCUGUUACUGAGAUACCAAAUGUGUCAAAGGAAAUCAAGGAAGUUAGGGUUGAACAAGUAUCAACAAAUGGAUUUACGCCUCGUGACGGAAUACUUUUAACCAUUCAUGAUAAAUCCAGUGACAAGGAAUCAGACAAAGUUAUGGUUCAUUUAGGUUUAGGGAAGAAGGUGAAGAAUGGUGAUAGCAGUAGUCAUUCAGAUUCAUUUCAUCAAUACAUGGAGAGAGAUGGGGGUGGAGGGUCACAUUCGCAAUCAGGUGAAGAAGGUAGUUCGGGAACGGUUACUGUGUACAAACACUCUUCGGCUUCAUACCCUUUAACAGCUCCUUCGCCUUUAUCUGGCCUUCCGGAAUUCUCUCACUUAGGUUGGGGCCAUUGGUUUACUUUGAGGGAUCUUGAACUUGCUACAAACCGGUUUGCGAAAGAAAAUGUACUUGGUGAAGGUGGUUAUGGAGUGGUUUAUAAGGGACAGUUGAUCAAUGGAAGUCCAGUUGCAGUUAAAAAGAUACUCAAUAAUAUCGGUCAAGCAGAGAAAGAAUUUAGAGUGGAAGUUGAAGCUAUUGGUCAUGUCAGACACAAAAACUUGGUUCGACUUUUGGGGUUCUGCGUCGAGGGAACUCACAGGAUUUUAGUCUAUGAGUAUGUCAAUAAUGGAAACUUAGAGCAAUGGCUUCAUGGAGCCAUGCGUCACCAUGGCUAUCUUACGUGGGAAGCACGCAUCAAGAUUCUCCUUGGCACAGCCAAAGCGCUUGCGUAUUUGCACGAAGCAAUUGAGCCAAAGGUGGUACACCGAGAUAUCAAGUCAAGCAACAUAUUAAUUGACGAUGAUUUCAAUGCUAAGGUUUCUGAUUUUGGUCUGGCCAAAUUACUGGGUGCUGGGAAGAGUCACGUCACAACUCGAGUUAUGGGAACCUUUGGAUACGUGGCUCCUGAAUAUGCAAACACUGGCCUUCUAAAUGAGAAGAGUGAUGUUUAUAGCUUUGGUGUUUUGCUAUUGGAAGGAAUCACUGGAAGGGAUCCAGUUGAUUAUGGUCGUCCGACAAAUGAAGUGAAUCUAGUUGAUUGGCUGAAAAUGAUGGUUGGAAAUAGGAGAUCAGAAGAAGUGGUUGACCCAAACAUUGAGGUGAAGCCAUCAACCAGAGCUUUGAAAAGGGCUCUCUUAACUGCUUUAAGAUGUGUGGAUCCAGAUUCUGAGAAAAGACCCAAGAUGAGCCAGGUUGUACGUAUGCUGGAGUCAGAGGAAUACCCUUUAGCAAGAGAGGAUCGAAGGCACAGGAGAAGAAAUCAAGGGGGUAGUGCAGAAAUUGACUCCCAGAGGGAAUUUUCGGACACAGACAGGAGUGAGAUUCAGAGUUCUAGAGAAGAGAGCAGAGGGUAACGGCACACACGACUCAAAGGCGGAUUCUUUUCGAGAAUCAAUGGUUUUUACUGGGAUGUAUAAAGUGGUAGUUUUUGUUUUUUCGAGUAGCAUUUUAGAUUCUUGUUUUUCCCUUUUAUAUGCUUGGGUUUUUGUUUUGGUCUGUCCUAUUGUUUGUGUAUGAAAGGGGGGCUGGUAUUGGUAAGAUAAAAACCCAAUCAACUGGGUGUGUACAUAAUCGGAUUUCUUCUUAAAUUUCCAUUAUUUGUUCCAUAUA